AUGAACGGCUUGAAGCCAUGCAGGACUUGCAGCAAGAUCACAAAUCCUUACCUGUACCGCCUUGACAACAUGCAGGCCUGUCUCCGCUCUUGUGCUAAGGAGCUGGGAAAUCUCCAUGGCGGGAUCCUAGGGCCUAGCGGAAGCGAUGUGGAGCUACUUAGAGAGGGUGAGCUCUUUCGUGAAGAAGUUGCUGAAUUUUGGUGUGUGUCACCAUGCGCCUUGAUUGAGACAAACUGCGACGACUGGGAAGGGGGUGUUUUGACACCAGAGGUCUUGGUUGAUGUCUAA